AUGGCCACGGUAUCAUCAAACAUGAUUGACGUUAAGAAGAUGCGGUACACAGGCCCUGCGUUAGCAGCCUUCAAAGCUUUCACCACCGACUCGCAUGAGCACCUGGGCGGGACAUGCGAACACAACGACGGCGUGGAAGCGGCGGAGGAGGCCAAGAUCUACGAGCGGCCUUGGACAAAGACGGAGUAUGAACGCCCGCCUGCAGAAGUUCCUGGCUCUGGCCGGAACAUCGGCGAGUACCCGUUGACAUCAGAGUUAUCUCCUUGGGUCAGGAGCGCCAUCUCCAAUUAUCAGCCCAGUGAGCAGACAGAAGAGCUCGUGAAGCCAUUCGCCGCCUGGUUUCAUGAUCUGAUCGACAAGGAGAGGCUGUCUGGCUCUGGAUUACACGACUUCAACCUCAUCGAGCUUUCCUACCAGCUGACCCUUGAAGUUGGUGCCGCAUUGCUCCUCGCAGCCGAUAGCACAGAUUGCCCUGUUAGCAUUCAAAGCGAGUAUCACUCAUCAAAAGCGGCGAACGACGAACAUUUCGUGGCUUGGGGUAAACUUCUUACUGGUCUGGACUGCGACCCUCCAAUCAUCGUCCUAUUUCCGUUUUACCUCAUGAUGUGCCAGGCUUUCACGUUGGAGCCGAACACGCAACAAGCAGACUACGUCUACUCGGCACUCACUGGUGUCGACUGGGCCAAGGGAAAGGACGAGUUCAACAAUCGAUUGAAGGCAUUCGAAAACCUUGCGAGGUCCGCGGUCCCGGAACUGGACGACAGGCGAUCCGGUCAGGAUAGGUCCUUUUGGCGUAUCACCCAGGGGUACGUCCGCGCGAUGAAUGACUGCGAGAAUGCCCGAACAUUCAAGGCGCCUAGGAAAGCUCGCAUCGACCAUGACCUGGAUCACGACCUUAUCAUUGCUGUGCGGGGCAUUGAUACAAUUGGAUCUGCGUACAUGUGCAGCGAUGGGGCUUCAUGGUUUGACAAUGCCGGCAUCGACUCUCUCAUCGGAUCUGGACUGGCGAACGAUGUUAUGGACCUGGACAUCGACAUCAAAACGGGUGAGACAAGGAACCUACUGCGGCUGCUUUACCCGGAUGGCCUCACCUUGAAGGAGUCAAUGAGAACUCUGUCGACUAUUUUAUCAGGCCAGCUCUGCGAAUACUUCCGCGGCCACCGACGGGCUCGUUUUGAUGGACGAGAAGACGGACGAGUAGCAGCGACUUCCCCUGCCUACAGCUUCUGCAGAUCACGCCACAGGCGCAUCUUUGCAACACUCGAGAAAUACACCAGGCGCUACCCAGACUUUUGGCAGUGGACCUGGGAGAUCCUCCAUAUGGCCAAGGAGCAGGUUACUGAGUCUGGUCUUGCAGAGCCUUUGGUCUGUUCGCUUAAGAGAGCUAUUUCGCGAAAGUCAUUACCUGACUCGGCACGGAGCAAGUUCUACGACUCUUUCUACGCGCUCAUCCAGGAUGGUACCAAACAGAUGGAAGUGAGAAAGCCACUUGGAGUCAGCGAGGACCUAGCGCCGAUUCUUCGCGAGAUGCAUAGUCUGUGGCACGAGCAGCUUCUGACCGCAACCGAGCCAGGAUGGGGCGACAGAUUUGACGCACGAUCUGAUGCUCUUUUGGGUCUGGCUGGCGAGAUCCUCGCCGCCAGAAAUGCCCCCAAAGAAGACAUGUACAAGUUUGCCAUCGCGUGGGGCAGAUUGAGCAUGACCCUGCCAUUCGUUGCCUAUCAUACAAUCGAUGCCAUCAUCAUGGCCUACGGGCUGGCUGAGUAG